ACGUUUCAUCGAACAUAUCACAAACGCAUACAGCUGUCGAAUAUAAACUUGUAGUUAUUUGAGUGAAUUUGUUUCCUAACAAUGUUUGGAGGUCCUUUAGAAUUACCUAAAAAAACCAAGCCCACACCAUGGCCAAAAAAACUGCACGACAUCAACAUGCCAUGUCAGCAACCCUACAAAUAUGGUCAUAAUGCAAGAACACCGAAUUCAAACUACAGUGUACGCCUUCUACAUUAUAAACAGCGUUUAAAGGAAACUUUAGACAAGAUGACGAAAAUGUUCAAAAGAGAUGCAAUGGCUGAUAAAAUUUUCGUUCAAUAUUUUAAUCAUUACGACAAAAAAGAUUUGCAGAGAGAUAUAAGGCAGAGAGUUGAAGCUAAGGUUAAGGCUGCUGAUGAAGCUCUUGAAUUGAGACGUCAAAGGUUGAUGGAAAUGCUAAGUAUAGAAGAGAAACAGUUCUAUUUCGAGACAGUCGAUAAUGCGCAAAGAGGAAAAGAAAGUAAGCUGGCGGAGAUGAAAGAACGAGCUGAAAAGAUAAAAGCCAAACGAGAAGCUGAAAGACUGAAGGUGGUAGAAGAGAAAAGGUUCCUUCAGUACAGGGACCAAAAUGAGCUGUUGAGACCAGCUUUGGAGAAACUGCACAACAUCGAAUCGAAAAUGGUGAAUCUGCAGCAGAUGAGGGAAAAUGAAGCGAAACGUGAAUCAGAACGAGAAACCGACAUGUUCUUCCACAGAAUUAUGAUGAAGGAUGUUCAAGGAAAGAUAGAAAGAGAAGAACAGGAUGCCAUCAAACGUGGUAACGACAUAAGAGACAUGGUUAACACAUGGGAUCAACAGAUAAGAGGGAAGGAAUUGCUCAUGCAGGAAAUUGAACACGUGAAAGAAGAAGAUCGACAAGAAAUUCAAAGAAAUAUGCAGCAGUUGAAGGAAGAAAUUCAGGAAGAAAGAAUGCGAAUACACCACGAGAAGCAAAUGCGCAAGAAGGACCUGACUCACCAAAUUCAACUCAGAGAGAAAUUCUUGAAACAGAGACAGAAGGAGCUAGACGCCUUAAAUAGAGCGUUUGCCCGUUUGAAUGAUAUUGCUUUGGCAAAAGAACAACAAACUGACACCGAGUCACGACUUAAGGCUAAGCGAGAAAUGUUCACCUAUAAAAAAUACCUGAAAGAUCUUAAGCGAGCCACAAUGGAAGAAGACCGACAGACACAGGAAGUCCUGGAGGCAGAUCAGAAUGAAAUAUUACGUAAACAGGACGAGAUAAAAUGUAAGGCUAAGGCGGCCAAAGACAGGCUUCGCAAUGAAGUGUAUGCUAUAAGAGCUCGACAACUAGAGGAAAAAAAGGAGAAUAAAGAAAAAGAGAAAGCUGAAGAAAGGAAUGUUGCCGAGUUCAUGAAUAAGGUGAUCGAAAUGAAUCAAUGCUUGGACAAAGAAGCAGAGAGAUUGAUGAGAGAAGAAGUAUUGCAAUAUCGUGAUGAUCUGUGUAAACAGAUAGAAUACAAUAAAAUACUGAAGGAAAGGGAACAAAGAGAGUUGGAACGCGAACAGAAGAUGAGUGAGCAGGAAGAGCAAAGAUAUUUGGACAUUGUAAAUAAGAUGGUUCAGGAAAAGAUCGAAGGUGGCUCUAAACAUCCCUUCAGAGAGGUUUUAGAUGAGUUUGAAUGCUAUUGCAAAGAACAAGGGGCUACUCUACGAGAAAGCUGAUCUCACACAUUUACAAUUUCUGUAUUUAUUCUAUUGAAUAGAUUCCAGUGAAAAUUU